AUGAAGUUCCUCUCCCUCGCCCUCAUCUCUACUCUCCUCGCGGUCUUCGCGAACGUCGCGCUUGCCGCCAAGGGCCCUGUCAUCACUAACAAGGUCUACUUUGAUGUCGAACACGGUGGCAAGCCUAUGGGCCGGAUCGUGAUGGGCUUGUUCGGCAAGACCGUCCCCAAGACGACUGAGAACUUCCGGCAACUUGCGACGGGCGAGGCAGGGUUCGGAUACGAGGGGUCGCAUUUCCACCGCGUCAUCAAGAACUUCAUGAUUCAGGGCGGCGACUUCACCCGCGGUGACGGAACUGGCGGAAAGAGCAUCUACGGCGACCGUUUCGCGGACGAGAACUUCAAGCUCCGCCACACCGGUCCUGGCCUCCUCUCCAUGGCCAACGCCGGCCCCGACACGAACGGCUCGCAGUUCUUCAUCACGACUGUCGAGACUUCCUGGCUCAACAACCGCCACGUCGUCUUCGGCAAGGUCCUCGAGGGCAUGGACAUCGUCUACGCCAUCGAGAACGUGCCCAAGGGCCACGGCGACAAGCCGAAGGAGCAGGUCAAGAUCGUCAAGUCGGGCGAGUUGCCCGUUGACAAGGAGCUUGACGCCGAAGGCAAGGAGAUUCCCCUUCGUGCUGAGCUAUGA